GAGCCGCUGUGCCCAGGUUUUUUUACUAGUGAUACUUAAAAGCAAAAAAUCCCUCUGUCUAAAAUGGCUAAGAGCAGUGGUUUUUUAACCAUUAAUGGUUCAUGAAGUCAAUUAAGUAGCUUCUGAUCACAGAAAGGAAAGGAAAUAGAAAACUCACAAUACUUGUCAGGAAGAAUAAAUACUGUUUCAUGAACCUUUUCAGUUAUGUUCCUGUACCUAGCAAAACACCACAUAAUGAGAAAAACAUAGGUUGAGGCAAUGAGGAAAACAGUGCCACUUCAUGGCUACAACCGCUGCCUGGGUUACUAUAGUCCUCAUGGUCUUGCUUGAAGGAGAUAGUAAGGCCCCAUUUGGGGGCUGCUUGGAGCUGUUGUCUAGGCAUAGAGCAGUCAGCAUCUGCUGUCCUUAACUGAAGGGGAAAUGCAUUUGUCAUUUAAAUGUUGGAAUGGUUUUGAGAGGACUUUCCUUGGGGUUGUUCUGUGGAGAGGGGAUUCUUGGAGGUCGUUUAUUCCCUACAAGACCAAUCUGGUUACUGCCAGUUCCCACCUUCCCAGGCUCCCUCUGGAGGCUCUCACCAGAUGUCAUGCCCCUUUCCUCCUUCUCUGUGUUUCCAGAGCAUGCUCCACCCUGCCUUCUGGAGCCCACCUGGCAGGAGCAGGCCCCUCUGGGGGCAUGGGGAGUCCCUCCUCUCGGCACAAGCAGAGACAGCUCCAGUUCUUAUCUCUUUUGGGGCAGAAGCUCUGACUGGGACAGAGUGUGCCUCCAGCUAGCCAUGGCCUUCAGGCUAUUUUUGGAAAGGGGAGUGUGAUAGGGCGUGGCGGUUUGUGGGGGUCAAGCUCUCAUGGCUGCAGCUAGUGUUACCCCCCCUGGCUCUCUGGACCUGCUGCAGCCUGGCUUCUCCAAGAGCCUUCUGGGGACCAAGCUAGAGGCCAAGUACCUGUGUUCUGCCUGCAGGAACGUCCUACGCAGGCCCUUCCAGGCCCAGUGCGGCCACCGGUACUGCUCCUUCUGCCUGACCACCAUCCUCAGUUCCGGACCUCAGAAUUGUGCUGCUUGUGUUCAUGAGGGCAUAUACGAAGAAGGUGUUUCUAUUUUAGAAAGCAGUUCGGCUUUCCCAGAUAAUGCUGCCCGCAGGGAGGUGGAGAGCCUGCCAGCCGUCUGUCCCAGUGAUGGGUGCACCUGGAAGGGGACCCUGAAAGAAUACGAGAGCUGCCAUGAAGGUCGCUGCCCGCUCAUGUUGACCGAGUGCCCUGCCUGCAAAAGCCUGGUCCGCCUUGGUGAGAAGGAGCGCCACUUGGAGCACGAGUGCCCAGAGAGGAGCCUGAGCUGCCGGCACUGCCGGGCACCCUGCUCUGGGACAGAUGUGAAGGCUCACCACGAAGUCUGCCCCAAGUUCCCUUUGACUUGUGAAGGCUGCGGCAAGAAGAAGAUCUCUCGGGAGAAGUUCCAGGACCACAUCAAGACCUGUGGCAAGUGUCGAGUCCCUUGCAGAUUCCACACCGUCGGCUGUCAGGAGACGGUGGAGCAAGAGAAACAGCAGGAGCAUGAGGCGCAGUGGCUGCAGGGGCACCUGGCCAUGCUGCUGAGCUCCGUCCUGGAGGCAAAGCCCCUUUCAGGAGACCAGAGCCAGGUGGGAUCAGAGAUCCUGCAGAGGUGUGAAGCACUGGAGAGGAAGACGGCCACUUUUGAGAACAUCGUCUGUGUCCUGAACCGGGAGGUGGAGAGGGUAGCCAUGACAGCUGAGGCCUGUAGCAGGCAGCACCGGCUGGACCAAGACAAGAUUGAAGCCCUGAGUAACAAGGUACAGCAGCUGGAGAGGAGCAUCGGCCUCAAGGACUUGGCAAUGGCUGACCUGGAACAGAAAGUUCUUGAAAUGGAGGCGUCCACCUAUGAUGGGGUCUUUAUCUGGAAGAUUUCAGACUUUGCCAGGAAGCGCCAAGAGGCUGUGACUGGGCGCACACCUGCCAUCUUCUCCCCAGCCUUCUAUACCAGCAGAUACGGCUACAAGAUGUGUCUGCGCAUCUACCUGAACGGCGAUGGCACCGGGCGAGGGACACACCUCUCUCUCUUCUUUGUGGUGAUGAAAGGCCCGAAUGACGCCCUCCUGCGGUGGCCCUUCAACCAGAAGGUGACCUUAAUGCUGCUGGACCAGAACAAUCGGGAACAUGUCAUUGAUGCCUUCAGGCCCGACGUGACCUCAUCCUCUUUUCAGAGGCCAGUCAACGACAUGAAUAUCGCCAGCGGCUGCCCCCUCUUCUGCCCUGUCUCCAAGAUGGAGGCCAAGAACCCCUAUGUGCGGGAUGAUGCCAUCUUCAUCAAGGCUAUUGUGGAUCUGACAGGGCUCUAGUCACCACCUACCAGGGCUCGGGGGCAGUCAGGCAUAGCCAACUCAGUGAGGGGCUGCCCACUUUACUUCAAGUCAGGGCCUCACCGCAUGAGGUUGGUUGGGGGCUGGGCUUUGGUGCUUGACAGGCUGUCGGCCAAAGGCCAGGUCAGCAUCACACAACGGAAGGGGCCAUUGGUCAAUCCUUAGAUUUCAGAGACUUCGUGGAGGGUUAAGGGAGAUGGGUUCAGCCUGAGGCCCUGGUGGGAUCAGUUGAGGAUCUUAAAGGAUUUUUGGCAGUAACUGCCCUCACUGUUCUAUGAAGGAAAGAGAGGCCCCUGUGGGGCUCUUGGACAAGAGCACAUUCCACAAGGGGCUUCAGAGCAGGGUGGCAUCAGGAGUGCAACAGGCAGGUCUCUCUGUGCUUAGCAGGUAGGGCUUCCCCAGGCCAUCCACAGAGCAAGGAAGCAGUGCUAUCCAGUUCUGCCCUCUGGCCCCUAGAGAGAAGGGAACAUGUUAGACCUCUGUGUGCUUGUCUGGUGCUGCGGAGCUGGGCCAGUGGCCAGAAGAGGGUGCUGGUCCCAGGCACAGUCUCGCCCACUGAACGGUGUGUGUGAACUGCACCCAUCCAGCCAAGACACCAUCAUUAAACUGCUGAGACUGUG